AUGAGCCUCAGUCCCAAAGCCGCGAAGAAAAUCAUGUCGAAUAUCGAUCUCGAAAAGUGCACCGCCACUUACUCGCCCGCCAGAGCUGUCCUCAGUACCACCCCCCGCCCCUCCGACAUCAAGAUGAAGUUCCCAAUUCUCAUCGCUUAUAUUGGUCUCUACGUCACAACUUACUACCUCAGUCCCACUGGUCCUGGAUCCGAGCACCGCGACGGUGACUCCGGACGUAUACCACCUCUGGCGAUCGUGCUCAUGCUACUCGGUCCUGAGCUCAUUCAGAAAGCAUUCGCUAUCACGACUGCAAUUUCGAAGACAGAGUCUCCUUGCUUUGGUUUUGGAUGGCUGGCUUAUAGCUUAUCGCUCUUGUCGUCAGUGACGUCUGGCAGUGAUGAUUUGAUGCGGGAACCGGAGUGCGAUGUGAAGGUGUUGGACAUGAGCACGGGGAAGAGACGACUGAACAAGGAGUUUGCUGUUACAAGGCUGCUCCGCGAUCUGGAGUUUCGGUCUGCCCCGUCCAGCAUCGAUGGCAAGUUUGACCAGGAUAGCGAGGUUGUCGUCGAGGUCCUCCAGCCCACUGACAUAUCCUCCGCCUCGACUUCCUUCAGAAACCUACUCCAGAGCGGUAGCUUGAUGACCGCGGUCCUCCAAUUCUGUCUUGCGGGCGCAUUCUGGUUGUACUACGGCGAUCUCUCACCCCUUCUGCUACUCAGCAUAUCAAUCUUGCUUAUCGAAGCUACCGCCAGCCUACCCGUCUGGACUGCUCAGAAAAACGUUUCCUUUACCCGGAAUAGUCAGAACGGCGCAUACGCACUCAUGCGCGACACCGACUCCCCACCCAGCCACAUCUACAUCAUCCAGCCUUCCUCAACGGCAUCCACCAACACCGAAGGCAUGAUCGCACGUCACGACACAUCCACCAACGCCUCAAACCCCUGUAUCUCACCCACCAUCCUCAUCGCCGGUGCCUUCUUGAGCCAAGCACUCCUUUACACCCAGCUCUCAGAUAACGCAGCGAUUGCUAUGCUGAUUAUCAUGUUCGUUGGUACGAUUAGUAACAUUGCUAUCGUUGCUGCGCCGCGCGUGCCACAUGUCGAUGAUAUGGAACUAAGAUCUGUGGGUGUGAUGAAGGGGGAGGGGAGUGUCGUGGAGGUUUUGAAGGAGGUUGAGGCGGCGUUCGAGGGGUAUGGAGAUGUGCUACUGAAGCAGUGUUUCCCUGAGAUGAUUGGGAAAUGGGAGCGUGGAAUGGAGAAGGGGAGGAUGGGGGAGAUGGACUAA